UGAGCAGACCCAAAUAAAUUGGUGAGAAUCGAAAUGGAAAUGAAAUGGGAGACGGAGACGGAGACCGAGUAAUCCCAAUGGCUAUUCUUUCACUUUCUCCCAAACCCAAAAAAUCCCUUCUCUGAUCUGCCAUCGUCGCCGGUCGUCGACCUCCAUCAUCAUCAUCGUCUCCGGUCAUCUAUUUCCAUCGUCGUCUCCGGUCAUCUCUUUCUCUGAUUAUUCGACAACUGGAGAAUUUCAUCGGCGGUGUACAAAAUCUAUUAUUCGAUGAUGAUCAAACAUUAGAAUGGUAAAAACCCUAAAGUUCAGAAAAAUUGAGCUGAAUCUGGGAAGAUGAAGAUGAAGAUGAAGACGAAGACGAGGACGAAGAGUCAGAAACCUCAAUUGGUAAGGUACCAAGACUUGCCCGAGUAUUUAAAGGACAAUGAGUAUAUUUUGGACCAUUAUAGGUGCGAAUGGCCAUUGAAGGACAUGUUCUUCAGCCUCUUUUCUUGGCACAACGAGACAUUGAACGUUUGGACACAUUUGUUAGGGUUUUUGAUUUUUAUGGGAUUAAUGACGGUGAGCUUCACGGGAAAGACGAAGCUAGGAGGUGUGCUUGGAAAUUUCUCUAGUGAUAGAACUUCGGUUUUAGUACCGUGGACGAUGGUAAUGACGGAAUUCAACUUUUCAAACGAAAAUAUUCCGGACUCAGAUUUGAGACAAAUCCCAAACCUUUCAACUCCAACUGAUCUCCACCACUACCAGGAACCAUAUAGCUCAGACCCCAUUCCCAUAUGGCCUUGGUUCAUCUUUUUAGCAGGGUCAAUGGCCUGCUUAAUCUGCAGCUCUCUCUCCCACCUCCUAGCCUCCCACUCCAAACGCUUCAGCUUCUUCUUCUGGCGCCUUGACUACGCCGGAAUCUCAAUCAUGAUAGUCUCUUCCUUCUUCGCCCCAAUCUACUACGGCUUCUCCUGCCACCCCAUCGCAAGACUCCUCUAUCUCAGCUCCAUUUCGGUCCUUGGAGUCGUGGCCAUCGUCACGCUCCUCUCCCCUGCUCUUUCCACUCCCCAAUUCCGCACCUUCAGAGCCACUCUUUUCCUCGCAAUGGGGUUCUCGGGAGUGAUUCCGGCAGUGCACACCGUCGUCCUCCAUUGGGGUUCUCGGCAUAUAAUGGUGGCCCUUUCAUACGAGUUGGCAAUGGCCCUUUUCUAUGGCUUGGGAGCUGCCUUCUAUGUUAGUCGGGUGCCUGAGAAAUGGAAGCCAGGUAAGUUCGAUAUAGCUGGCCAUAGUCAUCAGAUUUUCCAUGUCUUUGUCGUUUUAGGAGCCUUGGCUCAUAGCAUGGCCACAUUAGUUGUCUUGGAUUUUCGCCGUGGAUCACCCACCUGCCUCCCACUAAAUACUUAGCCCUCCUAAGCUUUACUAUAUAUAUAUAUAUGUAAUCUAUAAUUAUAGUAUUGUUUUAGUAUUUAGUAGUUGAGACUGAGAGAGGUCAAGCUUCUUGCUCAAAGUGGCUUCCAAGGCCGUCCUUGAAGAGUUUUGAGCCUUAGAAAAAUUGGGGAUUAGGGACUUUUUUGUAAAAAAAUUCUAAAAAAUUACGGUAUUUUAAAAGAAAAUGUUAAAAAAAUGGGCAUUUCGGCUAAGGGGCCCUAGGCGUUGGUCUAGCCAGCCUUAGGCUAGGGCCAGCCCUGGACACCUCCUCAACUAAUAUAUAUUAGGCAGAACAAAAAAGAAAAAGAAAAAAAUCUAGACGUGUUCUCCAAUUAUUGUAUCUUUCAUUUAUUAAUGAAAUAUUUAUAAAUUAUAAAUCCC